AUGGCACUUCCAGCCGAAGAACUCCCCGCCCACUCCUCUCCCAUCAUCUCUCCCCUUCCACGCCCUUCUGCCGGCUACUUGAGUAACUGGUCCGACGUCCAUGAUGGUUCGCCUGGCACACCCAAUCUGCCAGACAAUCUGAUAUCUCCAGCAUUUACUCCGCCGGCCACACCAGGAGCUGCCACUCCUUCUCGUCAUCUGCACUCCGAACCAAAAUCCACCCCAGUCGAUACUUCUCUCGAUGAACCUUCCUUAAAGCAGCCUCGGCUGAUCGAAAAGAUUCCGCAUGUAGAAUGUCUCGUCCGCGCUCGGAUUCCCACUACAUCCGGAACCGAGAUGUUCCUCCACCUCUACCAGAAUGACAUUGACAAUAAGGAGCACCUGGCUAUUGUCUUUGGGAAUAACCUGCGGAGUCGGAGUCUAGAUGCCGAGAGACCGGGAGAAACCGAGAUGGAUCGUAUGAUCCGAGGGGCUUAUACUGGUAGAUUGAGACCGGGUCGGACAAGUUCAAGAAUCGACCCCGACCAAACCAGGCGACCAAUUGGCCGAGGUCGUCAGCGAAGUGGUUCGGCAUUGAAGAACGUCACAACAGUCCCUGAGGACGAUGUCCUGGAAACCACCCAGACUUUGCCAGCGCAAUCAGUCCAACCGGUAAACCAUUCUCAAGAUGAACAAACUUCAGGGAGCAUCAAAGACACCCCCACGAUUGAGACCCUGCUCGAUAGCGUACACUUGACUCAGGGGGAUCCAAAGCCUCCACUCGUGAGAAUUCAUUCAGAAUGCUACACAGGUGAAACAGCUUGGUCAGCUCGGUGCGACUGUGGUGAGCAGCUUGACGAGGCAGCUCGACUCAUGUCACUUCCAACCUCAACGGGUGGUGUCAUCGUUUAUUUGCGCCAAGAGGGCCGAGGAAUUGGAUUGGCGUCGAAGUUGAAAGCGUACAAUCUGCAGGAUCUGGGUAAUGACACAGUGGAGGCAAAUCUUCUGCUGCGUCACCCCGCCGAUGCUCGAAGUUAUGGUCUGGCGACCGCAAUUCUUCAAGAUCUCGGAUUGGGAUGUGAUACAGAUGCGAAUAAAGCGCCAUCCGAACGAGGGAUCAGACUGUUGACGAAUAAUCCCGAUAAAGUGAGAGCCGUGGAAGGGCCGAAUAAGGAGGUUCGAGUUCGUGAGCGCGUUGCCAUGAUCCCUAUUGCUUGGAGGACAGGUGGGAUUAAAGGCGUUAGAGGCGCCGAGAUCGAGAAGUACUUGGAAACCAAAAUCGGUCGUAUGGGCCACAUGAUCCAGGAAGAGUGA